AUGGCCAGCUCGGCGCUGCAGUGGCUGGGCCUGCUGCUGGGCGGGGCGGGCGCGGUGGGCACGGUGGCGGUGACCAUCAUGCCGCAGUGGAAGGUGUCUGCCUUCAUCGGCAGCAACAUCGUGGUGUUCGAGACGCUGUGGGAGGGGCUGUGGAUGAGCUGCCGCAGCCACACGGGCCUCCGGCUGCAGUGCAAGGUGUACGACUCGCUGCUGGCGCUGCCCGCCGACCUGCAGGCGGCCCGCGGGCUGCUGUGCGCGGCCUGCGUCCUGGCCGCCCUGGCCGCGCUGGCCGCCGCCCUCGGCAUGCGCUGCUCCCGCUGUGCUGCGGCCGAGGCCAAGGCCCGGGGCGCCGCGCUGCUGGCCGCCGGCGUGCUGUUCGUGGUGGUGGGCGUGGCGGUGCUGGCGCCCGUGAGCUGGGUGGCCGCGGCCAUCGUCCGGGACUUCUACGACCCCACGCUGGACGACGGCCGCAAGCGGGAGCUGGGCGAGGCGCUGUACCUGGGCUGGGCGUCCGCGCUGCUGCUCGUGGCCGGGGGCGCCGUGCUGGCCUGCGUGGCCCACGGCCCCGCGGAGGCCGGGGGCCCCCGGUACCGCCUGCCCGCCCGCCGCGCCGCCCCCCGGAGCUGGGCCUCGGAGAGGAAGCCUCCGGGCAGCCUGCCCUCCCGCAGCCAGUACGUGUAG